AUGGCUGAUCAACUGGCUCUUCUUGUUACGGCGCUCUUGACUGACCUUCACGCCAAUUCCACAGCUGAGCUGGCCGUUCAGCCGGAAGUCCCAACAUUGUGAGUAAAUGGCUACUACUCCACUUUUUUUAAAAGAGAGGUGCUUAAUGUGCGGCGCUCAGAUUUUGCUCAAACUUGGCACAAAUUAAAACUAUAAUAAUUCUUCAUGAAAAUUUACGCACCUAUUUCUAGUAUAGAUGGUAAUCCUUACUGGGGAUCUAGUGGAUGUUGAAGGCCUCAGACAGCGUAAGAAUAAUCUGACUUCCAAAGUGUUUACGGACCCAGAGGGCAGAGUUAUGGCUCAUCAAACUUCACGGAAAAAAACCCACCGAAAAGACCUUCCAAAAAACUGGGUUCAGGCCUUCAAUAACCGCCCCAGAAAAGCUAUCCGUUUGCGAAAUUUCCAAAGCCCGGCCCGGUCCCUGCCAUGUCUGCACAUUGCUUUUCACUUCAGCGGCACAAUCAGUGCAGCGACAUUGUGCUCAUUACUUUUCUGACACACUAAUACCCUUACUAGCGCCUCUAAUACAAACUUUUUUCAGCGCUUCCCACCACUCCGGCGCCGUUGACUCUCUGUUGGACUGUUUUGGAAGACAAUACCCCGAUCUCGGUACUCAAGGAGUUUCUCGUAUUCUGUUCAGCCACAAACAAUCCCCAUCGUUCUAUGGGGUUGUUCGAGCGACGAAACAGCCUUCUCUGCUUCAUUGCUUCGCCAACUCCAGCGACAAGUACAUUGUAGCUGUCGGGAACUUGGGACCGCAAUUUUUGGACUUGAUCGAGGAGACGGACGGCCCAUCCAAAGGAUAUACCGCACAUGAUGUGCUGGACAUGUACAAGGACACUUGCCAGGAGAAGUAGGUGAUACAAAGACUUCAGUCAAGCCUUUACACACCCAAAAAUUCCUAAAAGUUUUAGCUCGCGAUUGGCCUGUUUAUAACGAAAGUUUCGGAGGAAGUGUCAAAUUUUAGACUAUGACCCAAUAAGGAGAGCCUUUCUAUUAGUCUGUCGGGAAAAUAACGGGGGAUUGUCGCACGAAAAUGUUGGCCUUGUCGCAGUCGCCCAGCAAAUCCCCAAUUUGGUGGGUGCAAAAGCGAUGAUGGGCGAUUCCAAAGCGAGACGAAUCCAAAUUAUUUUCCCGACAGACUGAUAUUAGACGGCUCAAAAAAUCUUUACAUGUCUACACGAUGCAAAGGCCUUGUCGCAUCUCAGAAUACGGCGAGGAGGAAAAAUUCACAGCGCUUCCUGUGCAUGGUACAAUCGGAAGUCCAAAAAGUUCUAUCGCCACUUCUGUCGCGCGAUGAAACUUCGCAGUGCAAUUUUUAAAAACGUUAGCGACUUGUAUCAAGCUUGCACUGUAUCUUUUUUUGGUCCCUUGCAAUCCAGUGUGCAGAGAUUUGACUGUAUUCAGAGAUACCACGCAUUCCUCUUUUUUCAACUCUCUUUUUAGUCAUCGUUUCCGCCUGCCAUGCCGAAAAGAGCUUCAGAAACUACGUGAAAACUCCAUCCAUGGACACCCGAUUCGGUCUCAGGUGGAGAAACAUUUCAACUUACUUGAGACGCUAGCUGCGCUGUCUUAUAUCGGCGAAGAACUCAAUCCCGGAAGGUCAGCAAAUUUUUAACCACAAUUUUUGUAAAAUUUUUUGAAGCAAAUAUUCUUUAGCUUCUGCAAACUGGACUUGGAAGGAAGACUGAACAAGAAAAUCUUCACUCGUUACUGGAAACCCCAAUACAACGUUAUCGAAAAAUGUGAGGCCGAGGACGCGGACAACAUUCUGUUUUUGGCCCACUCUGUUCUUCUUUGA